AUGCCAUCACCAACUCGCUCAUCGCACCGAGCUGCCUCUCCGUCUGCGCCAAGCUCAAGCCGUCAUCACCGCAGCCGCCACAGCCAUUCCCACCGCCACCGGCCCCGAGAGAGCUCGCGCUCGCGCUCUCCGCACCGAUCAGACAGACACCGAUCGGACCGUCACCACCGCCGUGACGAAGACAAAGACCGCGGACACCACGAGCGACGACACAGAAAUGCCCCAGCGAAACCAGCCGUGCUCCCUUACCAAGCGCGCGAGCUCUCAUCGCGCGACCUGAAGGUCUACGAGCCCAUGUUUGGCAUGUAUUUGGAUAUUCAGAAAGGGAAAUAUAUCGAAGAUUUGAGUGAAGAUGAGGUGAAGGGGCGGUGGAAGAGCUUCACGCAAAAAUGGAACCGUGGAGAGCUCGCCGAGGGAUGGUAUGAUCCCGCUACACUCGACAAGGCACGUAAGAAUGCAGAAAAAGAACCGGAAGCCGGCCCGAGAGGCGGACGCGAAUCGCCUGAUUAUACGCAGGGCGAGCGAGCGGCUGCUCAAGCCCCACAGAACCCGCCAGUAGACGACGACGAUGAGGACGACGAGUACGGGCCUAGUCUGCCACAACCUGGAUCGGGGAGAGGCGGUGCACAAGCCGGUCCUGCAAUCCCAACUAUGCAAGAUCUUGAGCUCAAAAGAGAAUCUGCUAUUGAGGAUGCCAUCGCUGCCCGCAGUGAAUCACGCGAUCAAUACCGCGCUGAAAUUCGUUCGCACAAAUCUGCAUUGCGCCAACUCGAAGACGAGAUUGCGCCGCGAGCUGAGGCAGGCACACGAGAGAGACAGCUCGAGAAGAAGCGAGAAGUUGCUUCAAGCAAUCGUGCAUUCGCGGAUUCUGCCCGCGGUGGUUCGCCAGAAGCAGCUCCGGAUGAAGAUUUAAUGGGCGGAGGCAAUGAUUUCUCUGCCUUGAAACGGGAGAAGGAGAAAGACCAGCGUAAGAAGAACGAUCGUGAGAUCCGGAGAGAGGAGAUUCUUCGUGCGCGUACAGCGGAGCGUGAAGAACGUGCGCAGGCAUAUCGACAGAAGGAGCAAGAGACUAUGAGCUUCUUGCAAGCUCUGGCGAAGCAGCGAUUUGGCUGA